ACCAGUCAAUGAUUGAAGGAUUCAGAGGCGGAGACAAAACUUCAAACCUUCAUUUACUGUGAAACGUUUUCAAUUGAAGCUCCGAGUCGACUAACUUCAGACACACCAGAGAAAACUUCAGAGAAAAGUAAAAUUUUAUCUAAAAGGACAACACAAUGGCGGACGAAGAGGAAGAAAAACAGAUUGAAUAUCUGUCAGAUGGAGAGGUUUUCAGGAGGAAUGCCUUCAUCCUCAUAACCACGAUGGUUGAUCUGAAUAACCUGACUCGGCAGGACACGUCCAUGUUGGUGGAUGAGAUUCUUCACUGCCUGUUUUUUCUGGGACUGAUCAACUCUCCACCGUUUUCACCACGAAAUCUCCUGGGUGAUGAUGACGACACAUUGGAAUAUUUGGAGAAUGAAUACCCUGAACCCUUCCGACUUUAUUCCACUCAACUUCCCAGGAGGAGUCCUUUUUCCUGUUUGCUAGACAUGGUUGUCCGUCUUUACGGACAAGAAAAAGAAGACCUGAUUAAAGACAGACUCCAGACUGUCGUUCUUCAAAUGAAAGAAAGAACUUCUUCCCAGAUUUUGUUCUCCUCCACCAUCUGCGUCUCUCAGAUGUGCGAUUCCUGCAGAUAUUAUGGGGUCUCCAUGUCCACGCGUGGUCGUCCUGCUGGAGAAAUACUGGUUGCUGCGUCCUGUUUUGGUUACUGGCAUAGAUUAGCAUCCGAUGCUGUAAUGACAUAUUAUCCAGAUAAACAAAAAAAGUUAUAUUUUAGUAGAAAUAUCCAGCUACCCUCCAAUGUUAAAUGUGAGGCUUUCAAUAUCAGUGAAGGAAGACCGAUGGAUCCUUGCAGAUCUUGCAGUGAUUUGUUUGGUUUAAACACGACUGAAAGAAAGCGUUGGGCACACGGCGGCUGUGCUGAGGUUGAGAGUCUGAGCAAUUUGUUUAAAGAGGAAUCGCAAGUUAUGGAGCAGCUGAGACCAGAAGAAAAUGUUCCUGAAGAAAACAGGCGGAGAGCUAAAAUGAGAGUUUUUAAUUAUCUUAAACAGGAGCUGAAAAAGUUUGACAAAUUUAAAUGGGAUGGUAAAAUUUACCCUGACCUGAAUCCAAACAAAAUUUAAUCUAGACAAGCGUUCAGAAAAAUUAUAAACAAUUAAAUGUGAUGAUAAUAUUGUUUGAAUCCAACCGUGUAACUUUUGGUAGAAAACCUCUAUGUAAAACUACUUUAAAAUAAUUGAAAAGUUGAUGUUAAUAGGUUGAGUGGUCGACCUGUGAUCAGUGGAUCCCGGUUGCUGGGUUGGGUCUUUUAAGAAGGUUGGGGGUCAGAGACCAAAAGUGGACUUACAAAUCGUGAAGUCAAAGCAGACUUCGAGCUGAGGUUCAGCCUCACUUUGAGCUUUUUAUCGUCUCAAUCAUGCAUGUUCAGAUGUAGAGUAGCUACUUUGUGCCUUCAUCUGGAACAGUCUUCUGUCUCGUUCAGAAUGCCAGAGUUUGGACCAGAAAAAGUGACCAAAUCAUUCCCGCUCUCAGGACUUUGCAUUGACAAAUAGUUGUUGUUGUUGUUUAUCUUUCAGCAUAUCCCUUCAGGGGUCGCCACAGUGAAUCAGCUUUCACUGAUUCACAGGUGGUUAGGGAGAGAGUUUUACGCCGGAUGCCCUUCCUGAUACAACUCUGAAUUUUAACCGGGCUAGGGACAGGCACAGAGGGACCAAGAUUUGGCCCCCCUUGUGUCUACAUAGUUAGGUAGUAGCGCGAAGGGUCUUGCUUAAAGACCCACACUGGAUAAAGCUCAUUGUGGCCCCUGGGAAUCGAACCCUGGGCCUGAGCCAUUCUAACAGCGCUGUUUAGAAUUGACUUUAAAGUGCUGCUGAUAGUUUUGUGGGGCCUAGAUUACUCCAUUGGUGGAUCACAAUUACAGCCUUGAAAAGCACUUUGAAUGUUAAUCACUGUUUACCAUUUGUUCUUGAUUAAUUACUAAAUGUUAAUUGGUGUAUACUUAUUUAGCGCUUUACAACCUUCUUGGAAGGCCUCAAGCGGUUUACAGUCAUACAUUCACACACACACACAAUCACACACUAGUAAUAGUUGGUGCAAAAAAUUGUUUUUCCUUCCUGUAUCGGUUCAUUGCCAAAUAUUUUCUGUAUUAGUUCACAGAGUAUUUUGUUUAACUGAAAUCAGCAAAUCCAUGUGUUUUUGAAUCAUUGAUUGUUUUUCUUUUGUCAAUCUGUACAAUAAAUGAUUGAUUAAACCUUU